GAUGACACAACUGCCGUCUAGCAGUGGCGUGCUGUGCAGCCGCGGGCGCUGUUGUUUACUAACGUGAAGCUGCUCGCGGGCUCGGCGUGGUAACGCACCGGAGGAGAUCCGACGAGGCUCAGCCUUCUUGCCGUUACGGCGUUUUGACUCUGGUUGUUGUUGUUGUUGUUUUUACCAGCUAAAUGUUCCCAUGCAUUACGGUCACGGAAAGCCAGAAAGACACGGGGCUGCUACAGAAGAAGCUGAUAAUCAAAUCUAAACACCGCCUGGCGUAACCAGACAAUUCACCCUGGUGUUUUGUGGCCGACGACAUCCCUGUGAGCUCGUGUCCAGACGUGGAUGAUCUGCCCUCCACCCCUGCGCUAUGAGCAGAGGUAGAGGAGGGCCUUCCAAAGAGCAUCAGCGAUUCUCCCUCCCUCCCCACCAGGGAAAAUCCAGCCUAGGAUUCCCCUCCCAAACGUUCCCAGCCUAUCCUAGGACCCCUCACUUCUCAAGCCCCAGUUCUAGCCGGUUUCCACAGCAUCCUGUUUACUCGUGCCCUGACUCCUCUGGGGCAUUCCACCGACCUUCAUCUCUGCCACCUCCUCCUCUUCCUCCUUUCUCUGAACCUCCGUCAAACGGAGAAGAACGUGGGGUCGAAGGCUUAGACUUCCGGCAGCAGCAGAUCCAGUUCCUUAGAGGCCAGAGCGCUCAGGCACCAAAGUUCAAGGCGUCCCAGCGUGGGGAGCCUCCGAGUCCCAGCAGGCCUCAACAGCGUCAGGCAGGGUAUCAUAGCUCCCCAAGACCUGGCAACUACGGGCAGAGAGGGUACAGCUGGGACAGGUCAGGUUGUGAGAAAGACCCGCACUGCGGGUACCCUCUGGGGGCUAAGAGGGACACCGGUUGGACUCAGCAGCGUGCAGCAGGACAUAAAUAUCUUAACCAGCAAGACAGGCGCCACUGGGACAGCCGGGCGGAUCGCGACGUCUCCUCGCUGGUUUCAGGAGUUCAUAGUCUGUUACUGUUUGAGGACAAUUUUGCGAGGUCGGAGAAUUGUGGCGUUGUCCGUCCUGUGGGUAGAGUUUCCACCUCGCACCAACCGGUUAGGCAUUCUCUUCAGCUGACCACUGACAUCAAGGAGCAGGUUUUUGAUUCUUUGGCCUUGCUGGGGCCAGGCGAGACCCUGCCAGCCAAGGUCUUGGCAAAAAAGCUUCGGUUGCCCAAGAAGAUCGUAAACCAAGCACUGUACUCAUUAUCCAGCCAAAAGCAAGUGGAGAAGGAGGGGGACACUUGUCCUUUGUGGAGACUCCGCAGGGAACGUGAUGCUGAAGACGAAUCACAGUUCAGCAUUAAAACUUCUACGACAGCUCCUCAGGGUAAUUGUGUAAAACUAGAACAAGGCACAGAACCGCUCAGCGACUCCCACAGUCAGGUUUCAGCCCCAGCAGAGGCCAGUGGAGAUUCCAGUGAAGAAUCUUUGGAGAAAGAGGUCUCUUCCAAAACGUUGGAGUUGGACACAUCCUCGUCCACCGCGUGGGCAGCAAGUUUCACCAGAACGAUGACUUCUAGAGUUACUAAAGAGAAGAUCCUACAGUACCUUUAUGAGACAGGCACGGCGAACUCUCUGCUGAUCGCCAAGAAUUUAGGCUUGCGGAAUGCCAAGCAGGUCAACCUCACACUUUACAGCAUGGAGAAACGGGGUGAGGUCAGCCGCAGUUCGGGCCUCACGCCAAUCGUUUGGAAGUUGACACCCCACCGGCGUGACAAGAUGGACCGGCAACGCAAGGCAGCUCUGGGUGCUUCCAGGAGGCAGGAUGGGUCAGAGCAUGUCCGCAUACCAGGGGAGAUGCUGAUGGAUCCAGCUGCCCUAAGCUCGGAGACGGAGGCCGGAGCUCCACAGAAGCCCACCAAUUUCUCCACAGAAGAGUUCAUGAACUGGGAGGGGCUGCCACCCAGUCAGAAGCCAGACGAGAGUAAGGGUCCACUGAGCAAUGGUGCGUCUAGGUGGCCAAUGCCUAACUUCCCAGACUCUAUGCAAGCUCUCCAUCAGGUUCCCCCAGAACAGAGAACUCCUGCUCUCACCAACUGCCCCGCAUCCCAGCACGUGCCCUUUUACCCCGUGGACGACAGGAACGGUGGGAGGCAUUCCGAGUGGGCAUUGGAUGACAUACCAGAGUUCCUGAACACGUUCCGGUCCGAGGUAGCAGUGUCGUUGGCGGCAGCCCCUCCUCCGGCGCCGAGUACGGACGCCAGCAGGCUGCAGAGGCUUCGGGAGGCGUGCGGCAAAAACCCUGUCAGCGGCCUGAUCGAGUACGCGCAGUACCUCGGGCACAGCUGCGAGUUCCUGCUGCUGGACCAAUCGGGGCCCUCACACGACCCCAGGUUCCAGAUGCAGGUGACGCUCAAUGGACGCAGGUUCCCGCCAGUUGAAGCUUCGAACAAGAAAGUGGCGAAGAAAGAAGCGGCAGCGGUCACCCUGCGGAUCCUGUCCCGGGAACGAGAGGGCAUGGCCGGAGAGGAGGACCCUGGAGAAGAGCAGCCUGCCACGGCCACAGCCGAGAUCUCUGACUUUGCCGAGGAUAGCUUUGAGGGCCUCGAGGAGCCUCCCAGGGCGUUGGCACGCUCCAUCCCAGGAGGCAAGAACCCUGUCUCGGUGCUGAUGGAGCACAGCCAGCGCAGCAGCCACGCAGUGGAGUUCAUCAACACGGGGCAGGACGGCCCGCCGCAUGACCCACGGUUCAAGUUCAGAGUGAAGAUCGGCGAAACGCUUUUCCCAGAAGCCUCGGCACCCAGUAAGAAGGCGGCUCGGCAGCUGGCGGCGGAAGAGGCCGUGAAGGCGCUGCAGGCGGCCGGGCGACUGCAGACGCACAAGUCCCAGCACACGUUCUACCCACUGGGUGAGGGCGAGCUGCCCCCGGCGAUGCCCCCGUGCCCAUUGCUGCCCCCGUUGACGGCGGCCGAGCUGCAGGCGGCCCACGAGGCCGGUGUGGGCGACCUCAUCAACCACCUGAACAACAACGCUGUGUCAGGUCUGCUGGAGUAUGCACGUGCACGGGGCUUUGCCGCUGAAAUCAGACUGGUGGGACAGUCAGGACCCCCACACGAGCCCCGCUUCACCUACCAGGCUAAGCUGGGAGGACGCUGGUUUCCCCCUGUUUGUGCCAGUAAUAAGAAGCAGGGCAAACAGGAGGCAGCAGACGCAGCUCUACGAGUGCUGAUCGGGGAGGCAGAGAGGGCAGCACGCACUGGAGAGAUCACACCUGAGUUGCCGGUGUCGGGCAGUACUCUCCAUGAUCAGAUCGCCAUGCUGAGUCACCAGCGCUUCAACGCACUGACGGCACGUAUCCAGCACAGCCUUCUGGGUAGGAAAAUCCUUGCUACCAUCGUCAUGAGAAGAGGAGGGGACAGCCUGGGCACAGUUAUCAGUCUUGGGACAGGCAACCGCUGCGUUAAAGGAGAAGAACUGAGCCUUAAAGGGGACACGGUUAAUGACUGCCACGCAGAAAUCGUAUCCAGAAGAGGUUUUAUCCGGUUUAUAUACAGUGAGCUCAUGAAACACUGGGACAGUCCCAGCAGGCAGGACAGCAUAUUUGAAUCUUCCAAGGACAACAAGCUGAAGAUCAAAUCUGAUGUCACCUUCCACUUGUACAUCAGUACUGCUCCCUGUGGCGACGGCGCGCUCUUUGACAAGUCGUGCAGUGAAUCUGCAGAGGUCCCAGGCUCCGCCCACAUGCCACUGUUCGAAAACGCCAAACAGGGCAAACUCAGGACCAAGGUGGAGAAUGGCGAGGGCACCAUCCCGGUGGAGUCGAGUGACAUCGUGCCCACCUGGGACGGCAUUCAGCACGGCGAGCGCCUGCGCACCAUGAGCUGCAGUGACAAGCUCCUACGCUGGAACGUGCUAGGCCUGCAGGGGGCGCUGCUCAGCCACUUCCUCCAGCCCGUCUACCUGCGCUCCAUCACGCUGGGCUACCUGUACAGCCACGGUCACCUGACCCGGGCGGUGUGUUGCCGAUUGGCCAGGGACGGGGGCGAGUUUAGUAAAGGACUACCCCCAAACUUCACCCUCAGCCAUCCCGAGGUUGGCAGGGUGAGUGUCUACGACUCCACGCGCCACACGGGAAAGACCAAAGAGUCGAGUGUUAACUGGAGCCUGCCUGAUGAGCUCAGUGUGGAGGUGCUAGACGGGACCAAGGGCAAACUGGACAGUCCAAAGCUGGAGGUGUCCCGUGUCUCCAAGUCCAACAUGUUCCGGCUGUUCCGGGCGGCGUGCAGGCGUGCCGGGCGGGCUGACCUGCUGGAGCUGCCCUCCUACGGGCAGGCGAAGGCGGCCGCGCGCCCUUUCCAGCUGGCCAAAGCGCAGUUCUUCCAGGCACUGGCACGGCACGGCUACGGCGCCUGGAUCGGGAAGCCUCAGGAGGAGAAGGGCUUCGAGGCGGGGGAGGGGCUGGGGAAGAGUGAGGGAUGAGGGAGAGGGGAGGAGCCAACGGCGUGAGGCUAGGGACUUCAGCCCUGAAAGAGGGGUUGCUAUGGAGACUGAGCCAUAAACUCUCCAGCAAGCAUCUUUUUUAGAGUGCUGUUCUAAGUGGGUUUUGGAUUCUUUCAUAUGUUGCGUCAUCACCCCAGUCACUGCUGUUUAUUGUAGCCCCAGGUUUGAAAGUUCAUUCUUGUUUUGAUGAGCCCAGGCAGAGCUGGCCACAGGUGACAUUUUGGGUCCCGUAGGUCCCGCAGGUCCCGUGUUCUUCACAGAGCACCUCCUCUCCCGCUGUGCUGACCGUGACACCGUGUCUGUGUGAGUGAUGUGCUGAAGGUUUAUCCCAGCACCUCACUCCUGUUCCAACUCCUUUCACACGCC